GGGAAGGGACGGGGCGGGGCGUGGGGUGGCCCAUCUGCCGACUCAGGCAGAGCAACUCGACACGCGUUGGCUUUGCUGCCGUAUCAGCACAAGUCGAAGGUGCAGCCGGGCUCGGACCGGGGCCAUGGGCGCCCCGCGCUGCCCAGGUCAUGAGGACGGAGGCGGAGGCAGCGAGGGCGCAGCUCGAUCCCGGGGACUUUGUACAGCUGCCUGUGCCCAUCAUUCAGCAGCUCUACCACUGGGACUGCGGCCUGGCCUGCUCCAGGAUGGUGCUGCAGUACCUAGGCCAGCUGGACGAUGGUGAGUUUGAGAGCGCCUUGCAGGAGCUGCGGCUGACCAGGAGCAUCUGGACCAUUGACCUCGCCUACCUGAUGCGCCAUUUUGGUGUGAGGCAUCGCUUUUGUACUCAGACCUUGGGAGUGGACAAGGGCUACAAGAAUCAGUCCUUCUACAGAAAGCACUUCGACACAGAGGAGACCCGGGUGAACCAGCUGUUUGCGCAAGCCAAGGCCUGCAAGGUGCUAGUGGAGAAAUGCACGGUGAACAUCCAGGACAUCCAGGCGCACCUGGCUCAGGGCCACGUAGCCAUCGUGCUGGUGAACUCAGGGGUGCUGCACUGUGACCUGUGCUCCAGCCCCGUCAAGUACUGCUGCUUCGCCCCCAGCGGACACCGCUGCUUCUGUCGCACCCCGGACUACCAGGGCCACUUCAUUGUGUUGCGUGGCUACAACAAGGCCACUGGCUGCAUCUUCUACAACAACCCAGCCUACGCAGACCGGAUGUGCAGCACCAGUAUCAGUAACUUUGAGGAAGCCAGAACCAGCUAUGGCACGGAUGAGGACAUCCUCUUUAUUUAUCUGGAUAGCUGACAUCAGGAACUGGUUGUGCCCAGGUCCUUGGACCUUACACCCUACCCCUGCCAAGCCCACUCAGGACACCCAGGCCUGGGGCUGCUGGGACUUGGAGCCUUAGCCUGUCUGACAAAGUCCCAUGGAAUUCUGGGAAACUGGCACACCUGCUUUGUCCACCAGUGCUGUGUUGUCAUGCUGCUUACCCCAAGCCCCUGUUGGUUGCUGGAGGCAUCCUCAGACAGCCAGAAGGAAGCCUCCCCCAAGAUAUCAACCCUGAGUCCAGUCAGGUCCAGAGGAAGUACAGGCCUAAGGGUGCCCUGUUGCUUCCUAGAUAGAACCAAGGCGAGGGGAGAGGCCUGAGUCAGUCACCCCCACAGACCUCAGGAACUGGAGAGAGAAGUCUCUUGACCUGGUGCCGCUCAUCAGGACAGCUUCUACAUGUGUAGAGUCCAGUCCAAGCCCCUGGAGCUGUACUGUGCUAAGCCCUGGUCUCCUGGAAGUGUUCAAGAGCCCCCUGUUCUCAUGGUGGAUGCCAUCACCACUGCCUCCUUCCUCCUAGUGGGUGCACAUUUCUGUGACUUGUUACAGGGUCUCUGGCUCUUACUGUAUAGCAUAGAGGCACCAGAUAGCCACUGUGCUCUGCAGUGUCCUGGCCCCUGGGGAUGCUGGGGCUCCUCACAGCCCCAGGUACUACGCUUCCGUAGGGUAGGGCUUCCUCGGUAGCGGCUGGGCGCUCCACCUGCUGCUGUGCCCAGUGCUGGCGUUGGGGAGCGUGCUUCCAGAAUAAGCAGCUGCACAGCCCUAGUGCCCCCUCCCUCACAUACACAAGGCCUCCUGACACCAGCCUAAAUCAUGACAGUGGAGCCUCCCGGGAAUGUGGGGAGCCCCAGGUCUCUUAAGGCUGGAUGCCAGGGCCUGCACCCUUGAUUCAGUAGGAAAAGGGCAGUCUGCAGCCACCUCCCACCCUGGUUGUCACAUCAGGACGUUCUGCAUAGAGCACUGGAUCUCUUGUCUUGAUAGAGAGGAGCAAUGCCUCCCCAGGAUCACCUAGCACCUCCAAAUAGCAUCAGCUGGAGCUAGUUCCUUCCUAGUUUUUUUUGUUUUGUUUUGUUUUGUUUUGGUUUGGGAUAUUUGGUGGAGCAAGUUUGUUUUGCAUUACUUGAGACUGAGCCUAGGACCUUCAUACUGAGUGAUAUCACCAGCCCUUUUUAAAAUUUCAAAACAGGGUUUUGAUAAGUUGCCCAAGCAGAACUCAGACGUGCGAUCCUUCUGCCUCAGCCUUUUAAAUGCCUGGAUUACAAGCAUUCACUAUGGCACCCAGCUUAUUUUAUUGAGAUUUUUAAGUUCUCACUUUUGGAAUAAUAAUGAGAUUGCAGGUACUUUGGAACCACUGACACCUCUUUUCACAUGGCAGUUAAGCCAGCCUAUGUUUUCUUUCAAAGCAAAGGAGGCGGGCCAGUGAAUCCCACACCCCUUGCUUUACAGAGCAGGCAGCCAGCCCAGACUGGGGACAGUCUGCCAUGACUGUGGGUCUUGAACCCAGGUCUGCACGUAAGACAUAAGGGAAGUGGAGCGUCCCUACAGAGGCGGGGACCCCACACCUCUUAGGUUCCCUUUGGCAAAGAAACAGGUGUACCCCAACAGCCCCACCAUUCUUUCACUCCUGGGGCUUGGUCUCCAGUGCCCGAGGUGUAACGAGCUGCCAGCCCCCAGUGCCAUCAUGGUAGCUCAAAGGGGCAAUGGUGGGUUUUGCUUACAAGGGCUGUCAGACCACUCAGCCGUACUGUUCCUCAGCACCAGAUGCAGCCUUGGGCCAAGGUGCCGUUAGCUAGGCAGCCACCUGGGGUUUGGAAACCUGUGCUGGCUUCAGUCUGGUCUUAUUUCCAUGGCCUUAAUGCUGGAUGGCCAGAAGUCCCAGGGAACUCUGGCUCCAAGCCCAAGAGUACUACAUAUGGCAGCUGGGGGGUGUGGGCAUCCCCAGGAAAAAUUCAGGUAAAACUGUGAGAAUAAUCAUAUAAAAGAAACCAAGAGGAGGAAGUAAAGCUUUGAAGAUGACCGGACGUGGUAAGGCAUAGCACACAUACUGAUAUGGCUGUCCGGAGAAGCGGUUUUCGCUGAAAGUGGUCAGGGAUAUUCAAAAGUCCCUGCACUCAGAUGAUGGCUUCAUGGGCAAGUUACAAAUUAAACAGAGGUCACUCUAUGAUUUAAUAAGACACUGCCUGUCCCCAGGACCCAUCUGCCUGAGGAGGGUCACAGAGGCAGAAUGCAGGCCACAGUAUUCUUGCACAAGUACAGAAGUCGGGUGGGAGAAAGCCCAGACAUCGAGGACUUUGUCCACAACUGCCCAGCCUGCGGUCACUCUGCAGCCCAGUGCAGCCUUGGAAGCCACAGGGGACAGUAGCCAGCAUUGUCGCGUGAACUGUGGGGGGACAAAAGGGAUCUUUUGCAUUGCAUAGAUUUUAUACAUAAAUAUAUUUUGUUUGUAAUGAGCCAUUCUCAAUAAACAUCGUUCUCACUGCA